UGACUCCAGCAUACAGUGAUAUUCCGCCAAUGGGACACAUGGGAGUGCGUUUCCCCUCUCAGACCGUGUGGAGAAGUUUACCCAGUCCGGGUGCAAAGUCUUACAUCUAGUGUAACUUUUCGUGGGUUUUCUCGAGCGUCUUAAUUUCUUCACCACACUGUUGACAGCCGAUUACAAUCGCCGGUUUGUCUCAUUGGAGAUGAAUGAAUAUUUCGCCGGACAGAAUACUUUACUGCUUCGGAUAACUGACAGUUAUUCGAGUUGUCAAUAGCGACGGCUUACACCUUUAUUUUUCAUAAAUUGGUUCGUUCUCUUAUAUAUAUGGGUAGCUUUCACGUCAUGGACUUUUAAACGGUUGCCUUCACGAAAUGUAAAUUAUUUUAAAAACUUUUCUCGGGACUAAUAUUUUAUUUUGCGCGCAGGACAAAAAUAUGGGUUUGGGACAGAAUCGGGCACGGUUACUGUGCAUGCUCUCUUUAACUCUUGGAUUUUUUAUAGUUGAAGUUGUGGUUAGUAGAAUAACAGCAUCUCUCGCAAUGUUGUCAGACUCCUUUCAUAUGCUGUCGGAUGUAAUAGCUUUGGUGGUGGCUCUGAUCGCUAUGAGCUUUGCAGAGACAGCUCGCGCCACAGAUAAAAACACUUACGGAUGGAUCCGCGCAGAAGUCAUUGGAGCUUUAGUCAAUGCUGUGUUUUUGACGGCACUUUGCUUCACUAUUUUAUUAGAAUCCGUCGAGCGCUACACAGUGCCUCAUGAGAUUGAGAAUCCACGCAUUGUCAUUUGGGUUGGCUUUGCUGGUCUCUUGGUGAAUGUGUUGGGUCUUUUCCUGUUCCACGGACACGCGGGGUUAGGUGGGCACGGACACUCUCAUGGUGGGCACUCUCAUGCUGGACACUCUCAUGGUGGGAACUCUCACAACGGACACUCUCAUGUGCACAAGACAAACCAAAUAGAUUAUGAAAAAUCUAAGGCACGUGAAAAGGAGCACAAUCUUAUGAUUAACAGCAACAUUUUACAAGAAGAUCAAGCUUUGGAGCUGAAGUCAGACAGUUUAAACAUAAGAAUAUCUGCCACAGGCUCAUUUGAGGAUCUGGAUCAAGGUUCUGAGUCAGCGUCCCAGUUGAACAUGCGUGGAGUGUUCUUGCACGUGCUGGGAGAUGCAUUAGGUUCUGUAGUUGUUGUGGUCAACGCCCUUAUUUUUACUUUUGUUUGGACACCUUGCCAAAGUGAAGAUAUCUGUUACAAUCCCUGCAGCACCGGGCACUUCGGUGAACACCACUGCGUUAAUGCCACGGUGUUGAGUAUAUCAAAAUCAUCCAACAGGGACCACAGAAACGUUUCAGUGGCUGGACCAUGUUGGGUGCUCUACCUAGACCCAACACUAUGUGUUACUAUGGUGUGUAUUUUGCUCUACACAACUUUUCCUCUAUUGAAAGAGUCGGCUCUCAUCCUCUUGCAAACAGUACCCAAACAGAUUGAUAUGCUCAAGCUGAAUGGUAAACUGAGGAAGCUAGAUGGUGUCCUGGCCCUUCAUGACCUGCAUAUCUGGCAGCUGGCUGGGAAUCGCAUCAUUGCCACUGCACACGUCAAAUGCGCAGAUCCAGCCUCUUACAUGGACAUAGCCAAACGCAUUAAAGCAGUUUUUCAUGAUGAAGGGAUCCACGCCACCACUGUUCAGCCAGAGUUUCCAUCUAGUUCCGAAGAAUAUGGUGACUCCCGUUGUGAGCUUUCCUGUCAAAGUAAAUGUAGCUCUAAGUUUUGUUGUAAUACAUCCAAAAGAGCUAAACCAGAGUCUGAUUUGGUCAUGAGUAAAGAAAUGUCCUGCAGUCAUAUUGAAAGUCACAGGCACAAUGUAGCAUGGGGUGAUCAGAAGGAACUGGAUGAUGCUAUACACACAGACAUAGAGUCAACUGUUUAGGUUAAAUACUGUAUAACAAUAGCUGUAAUAUUGAGUAAGUUGUGGAAGUUAUGCUUAAUACUGAUGAUAAGAACUGUGCCAACUUAGGUAUCAAAUCUGCUUAUUGCAGAAUUAGGAAACUGAGUUUGCGGGGUUUUGUUUAAGAAACAUUAUUUUCAUGUCUUUGUAUUCAUGUUCUGUAAAAUCCAAAAAACUUUUUUGUUGAGAAAAUGUUUUUGUUAUUAUUGAGUUGCAUAUACAGUAGAUAAAGGUAUUAAAGGUCACAAAAUAUAUUUGCAAAUGAAGAGAUUUGUUGAUGCAGAUAUUUAUUUUUUUAUA